AUGCCUUUCAACAUCACAUCAUACUUCGAUCGCUUCCCCGAAUUCGACCACCACCCCCGUCAAAGCAUCCGCAUCGAAUUCAAUCGUCUGGCAAAGGCUCAAGAGUGGAACAAAUACGAGGCCAAGCGCGAAAGAGGUGACUGCUACAAUGAGGAACUCGAAGGCCACUUCCAAAGACUCGGCAUCACCGAUCAGCUCGAGCGCCUCCAGUACCUCUGCGUCGAGCUCGAUGUCAAGCCUCGCAACACUGUUCACAAGUGCNNAAGAAAGCGAGUUUCUGAAGAUCAACGGUCGCUUGGAGCAUUCACUAACACUGGUGGGCAGGUCUUGAAGCGUACCCAUGUCAACCUCAUCGAUCUGAUGGAUUCCCGUCGUGGCGACAGCAAGGUCGAUAAAUUUGACACCUACAAACAACUCAAGGAGUACACGCUCAAAACCAAGAAAAUCUAUCCUUUGGACUGGGCCAAGGGCGAAACUAUCGAAGUACUUCUCAGACAGAUUUACGGAACUGCCAGAUAG